GCUGCACGUGAAGGCACCACGGCGGUGACCGUUAACGCCCAGGUGAGCCUGAGGGACGCCCUCCACCUGAAGGUCGGGUUAAAGAAGUUGAAAACCAGAGCCGCGGGUUUCGGGGGUGUCUGCUUCUCUUUGAAAGCGUCUUCUUUUACAAAAAAAAGCCUCUUCCAGCCACAGUCACGCUUUCAGUCGGCGGCUGUUUUUUUGUUUUUGUUUUCUCCUAAAUUUCCUCCGAACAACCGACGGGUUUCAUCCACCGAACAUCCGGUCAACACGUUGUCAUGGAUCGGUACGCGGACCUGGACCUGGACUGCGAGGACGGAGGCGUCGCUCAAAAAGCAUCGUUGUUCGGCGGGUUGUUCAAGAAGUCCUCCAAGUCAGGAGAGCAGGACAGUUUAUCGGCCAGCAGCCGGCUCUCGGGGGGCAGCAGCGACAGUCUGAGCGGCGGCGGCGGCGGCAGCAAGCAAAAGUCCGGUGUGUUCGCCGGUCUCCUCAAGCGAUCUCCUAAAGCCGGACACGUCCGGAGGCCUUCGCAGGACCUUUUGGACACGGAGUUCACGGCCAGCGACGACAGUCUCUCCGAGAACGCCACCACGAAGGAGAAAAGAGCCGCGUUCAAAGGGAUGUUUAAGAAACCCAAGCCCUUCGGAGCGAGGACACAGUCACAGGAGGAUUUUUCCGCGUCCGGCGAGCUCUCAGGCAGCAAAGACGACGUCUCCGUGAACAGCGAGGAACCACGAGGAGCGUUCAACGGGUUGUUCAAAAAGUCCCCGAAGCCCUUUGGAGCGAGGACACUGUCUCAGGAGGAUUUGUCUGCACCCAGCGACGCCUCGGGCAGCAACGACAGUCUUUCUGUGAACAGCAACACGAAGGGACCAGGGGGGGUGUUCGGUGGGAUGUUUAAAAAAUCGGCGAAGCCUUUGGGAGCGAGGACGCGGUCUCAGGAGGGUUUGUCUGACCACGGCGAGCUCUCCGGGAGCAACGACCGCCUGGCGGAGGACACCAAGGAAGGAGGAUUCUUAAAAAAAAGGGGGGCCGGGUCUCAGUCACAGGACGGUCCGUCUGAGGAGGACGAGGAACCCGCCGCAAAUGAGAGAUCGUCCAAGGGUGAAGCCGCAGCGAAGAUCUUGAAGAAUCCUUUUAUCUCCACAUCUCGGGAGAAGAAGCAGGAGAAGAACCCUGAGCCGCAGGUGCUGGAGGAUGGAGAGAUCCCGCUCAGCCACAAACAGAGUAAAUUUUCUGAGGCGAUGGAGAAGAUGAACCCUUUCCGCUCUGCAAAUAAAAAAGACGGGGACGACACAGAGACUCUCGGGAAGGACGAGAGAAAAGGGGAAGAGAAUCCACAGGCGGAGACGGAGACGAUGUCCACGCGCGCCAGCGUCAGGGCGGGAGCAGCUGUGGGCAACCAGAGCCAACCGGAGAACAAAGAGGAAGACGAGGGCAGUAAAACAGCUAAGUCUGAUGAUGAAGGGCUGGAAGAGGAAGAGGAUCCUUCGUCUAAAGAGGAAGAAGGACAGGACAAAACAGAGACCAAAAUGAAGAAACCGAAGAGACACAAUCCCUUCAUGCCUCGCGCCAAGGGCAGGGUUGUGCACAGGAGCGCCGAGCCUGCAGCUGCACAGAGUGACGGUGGGAGUCGGUCCUUGUUUGACCGGCUGGAGGACUUCCGCGUGGACCCGUCGCAGCCUGAGGACAGACAGGAUGUGGAGAACCUCAUGGAGUGGUGGAACCAAGUGGACUCUUGGGAGGACACGACUCAAGACGAUGACAUGACAGAAAAGGAAGAGGCCAAGGCGUUCGCUGUGACGGCAGAGAAGGUGCAGAAAGGAAUCCGCGUGUUCAACAAACUCUUCUCGGAGCGCGCCGAGACCCUCUGGCAGCACGUCAUCGACCUCAACGCCAUCGCAGACGGCCUGGACAAGUUCAACAAGAACACCAAGAUCGCCCAGAUCACCGGCGGCUCCACCAGCGCCAUCGGGGGCGUGGCCACCAUCACCGGCCUCGCCCUGGCGCCGGUCACCUUUGGCGUCUCCCUGAUCGUGACGGCGGUGGGGUUGGGGGUCGCCACGGCGGGCGGCCUGACCUCCGCGGGCGCCGGCAUCUCCAACCAGGUCAACAACUCCAUGGACCGCAAGAAGGUGGAGAAGAUCGUGCAGGACUACCAGGAGAAGAUGGUGGACCUGGACAAGUGCCUGAAGUUCAUCAAGCAGGGGAUCGAGAACCUGAAGAGGUUCGACCUGAUCAAGAUGAAAAAACACGCCUACAACCGCGACUUCCCGGCGCUCAGCAGCAGCUUCUACGAGGACGGCGCCAUGGCGGGCAAGGCCAUCCUCAUCAACGCCAACGAGAUCAUGCGCGUGGUGCAGAUCGCCAACGUGGCGGGCAGCACGGCGGCCAGGGCGGUCCAGAACGCCAGCAUGGCCACGGGCGUGCUGACGGGGCUCUUCGUCGGGAUGGACAUCUACUUCGUGGCCAAAGACUCCAAGGAGCUGAAGAAAGGCGCCAAGUCGGAGUUCGCCGCCAAAAUCCGGGAGGUGGCGACGCAGCUGCACGGCGGCCUGGUGGAGCUGAACGGGAUACGGGAGGAGCUGCAGUCCACCUCGCCGCAGGGGGGCGGCGGCGGCGGCGGCGGGGGGGGUCCGGCCGCUUUGGGCAAAGAGACGGAGGACAAAGGGGACGAGUCGAGCGGAGAUGAGAUCGACCGCAUCAAGAAAGCCAUAAAAAAGGACUACGAGAACCGCGAAUACGUUUAGAGGAAAGUGGAAGGGCUGCAAAAAAGGGGCCUCGAUGAAUGUCGGGCGUCGGCUCGAAACGCACCGCGGCAUUGUGGGAGGAAACGAGACGCAGCGGCUUCUGUGGCCCCGAGCGCCAGUCGCCCCCCCCCCCUCCCCCGUGAUGGUUCAUAUUGAAACGCAGCAGGAAGGGAUUCACAUGCGUAGAGACGGGUGCUUUUUGUUGUUAACACAACUUUGGAAAUGCACUGUUGCGCAACGUACCGGCAGUCUGUAUUUUUCGGUUUGAACCUUUUACGACUUUUUGGUUUUUGGAACAUUAAGUGAGUGAGAAGCAGGAUGGGUUUGCACCAGCGUUUUAUCUUUAAAUUCUCGCUAACUUUUCUAUUCGUUUAACUCACUCUGGACUGCACGAUUACACUUAUCUACAAUCGCCUGUUCAAAGUCACAAGCCGGAUGAUUCUUCUUGGCAACAGGGGACGUAUUGAGCUUUGUUGAAAUAGCUAACUUUAUUAAAUAUGCAUUCAUAGAGAAAUGUGUGUUUGGUAGGAUGAAUGGGAAAUAUUGGGUAAUGUAAAGAACCUUUUAUUUACCAUUUACUUAAUAUUAUUAGACAGGUUUUUGACCUUUUAUAUUAUCACUGAAACCCCUCCUUUUUAAACAAGCUUGCACUAGCUAAGAAGUCGUUACACCUGUCAGUUCACCUCUGUUCCAUUUGAUGAUCUGUGUUGUUUUUUUUAUUCGUAAACACUUGGAAAACCAUGCAACUCGACACUGGUCACUUUCCUUCCACUACUUGAAACUGGUUGAGUCCGAGGUUUUCCACUGCGUCUUCGGUCCUGUUGGACGUUUCUAAUUGCAAAUUUAAGACGGGCGCCGAUGUCCGUUCCGUGUUUUGUUUGAUGAACCUAAUAUUUAUUUUUCUGGGUGGAGGUGAUAGUUUGACACUACAUCUUUCUGUGCAAUAUAUCGUGAAACUGUAAUAAGUAAUAAAAUAAUUA